AUGCGUUCUCUGCCCUUUGUGGGCGGAGUAGAUGGAGAUCCGACGGGGUGGUACUUCGACUUUUUGAGUGCUUGCCUGUCAAAUCCGUAUAACUAUACUAUCCCCCAGUUUAUUGACCCAAAAUAUAAAGUUUUUUUGGGUAAGUAUUCCUUCCGUUCUUUUUUGGCUGAGAUUAGAUCAAAAAGUGUCCUCGAAAUGGUCCCCGACCCUUUGAGAAUCGAGUUACGGCCAUAUCAGGAAGAACUAGUUGCUGAUGCAGAGAAGGGUACGAAUACCAUCAUUUGUGCCCCGACUGGAUCUGGUAAAACCGUUGUAGCUGCACAUAUAAUGUGUCACCACUUAGAACGAGGGUUUUUAAAGGUCGCAAUGCUCGUUCCAACAGUACCGCUAGUAGAUCAGCAGGUUACGAUGCUGAAUAAAUAUAUGCGUAAAAUAUACUGGGUGGAAGGUAUGAGUGGUAGUGAAAAAGAAAGUGAAGACGGUCGAGCUCCGCAUGUAUUGGCAAGCGAUGUUACCGUGUUCACUCCUCAAAUAUUCGUGAAUUUGCUGAAGACCGUUAGAAAAUUUGAUCGGUUAUACUUUAAUGAUUUUACAUUGUUCGUAUUUGAUGAGUGCCACCACUGCGAUAGGGACCACCCCUAUAAUGGUAGGGAAAUUGCAAGAAUUUCAGGAAACAUUGCGCCUAAAGAGAACAAGUUUUCGAUGAAAACUGAUGGGGAGGACAAGGAUAUACUGAAAAAGUUGCACGCUAUUCUUAAGGAGAAGUAUGCAGAUGAACCGAAUUCGCGAACUAUUAUUUUUAUAAGAACUCGCUUGUCGGCGGCAAAACUUGCUGAGCAUCUUAACGAAAUUCGUAUAUUAGGAAGUUCACGUGCUGUAGGAUUUGUUUCUCUUUCUGCCAGUGGACAGUCAGCUGAGGAACAGCGAAUGGUUAUAGAGCGCUUUAAUAAAGGCUCUAUCAAGGUAAUAGUUGCUACAUCAGUUGCGGAGGAGGGGCUGGAUAUUUCAGCUUGCAACCUUAUUAUCAAAUAUAAUGAUACUGGAUCGCAGACAUCUUUAAUUCAAAGAAGGGGUAGGGCUCGGGCAAAGAAUAGUAAAUCCGUAUUAAUUGUAAUCAAUGACGCAAUAGAAGAGCAGGAACUCGAAAAUGUUAUGAAGGAGCUAUUAAUGCGGAAAUGUUUAGAACACAUUCAAACGAAAAACGAGGCACAGAUGAAGUCUCUGGUAAGAGGCUAUGCUACAUACUUGGUUUUUUAUAAAUUCUCACAUCUUUUCUUCUCUUAUUACUGCACAAAUGGUUUUAAAUUUCAGUCGUACGAUAUAGCCACAGUGGUUGGCAAAUUGCAUUGCAAAGGAUCUGAUGAAACUUCUUGUGAUGAGGAAUUUGGAUCUGUUGUAAAGCUUUUUGGUGCAUUUUUGCCGACGAUUGCAGCUAAAGCCAUCUGUAUAGAAGAUCCAAGUGAUAAUAGUCGGACUCCAAGUCAAAAAAAGUGGGAAACCAUUGUCAGGACCAAGUUCUUAAUUAAAAGUUUGACUGAUAGAGACCUGGUUUGUGUUGGCGUCAUAUCCUGCUUACAACCUGUUGCCAAAAUACAUUCUUCUAAGCGCUGUAUUUUUUAG